CCCAUGGCAAGCACCGCUGAACUGGUGUCUCGAGCAGGCAGGCAGGCAGUCAGCACGAGGCAGGCCUCUCCAGCGCCGCACGAUGCACGUUGCAGUCAGCACUUGGGCGUCGAUCAAACGGGUGCUGGUGCUGGGUGCGGACCGGGCGCGAGUAGUGUGAUCGUCACCGGCCCUCACAUUGGAGGACACGAGGUCGGCGAGGUGCGCUUGGCACUACGACGUCUCCUUUUCGGGCCUGUCGUUCUCCCGAGGCUAGCGCGGUGCACUCACAUCGAACUGGGCGUGUUUCUGGUGUUCUAUUUUCUGGCGAGUGCGACACGCAACCUGUUUCCUGAGGCGUGGUGUCUCUGGCAGCGCUGGGGUGGAGUUGAGGGUGUCUGCUGGCGGCCGUUGUUGCGCUCCAGCCCUUUUCGGCAGCCUCGGAGGCCACUCGCGCACGCUUUGGGAUGGGCAAAACCGUUGCUGGCCAAAACACAUCGUCACCCCUCUCCCAUUCUAUCGUCGCCGAAGUCACCCACUAGGGCGAUCGCAGCCUGCUGCGGGUAUCUUGGUGAUACCGUGACGCUAUCAUCUCGAUCGUCCUGCACGCUGCAACGAGACCCUCGAGAGCACCGAGUGAGGCUGUCCGUCGCCCAACUUUCUCCAUUCAUCCCCAGCCCGACGUCGACCUAUUACGCCAUCGGUGGGGACACUGUACAUGUACUCAAUCUGACACGGCUGCUGAAGGCUAUAUCGCGAGUCACCCAUGUCGGCGCCGCGCAGAAUAGAGACAGCCUCGUCCAGACUGCUGCACACCCCACGCGACAUGGUUCCAACUCUGUUCCCUCACCCAGCACCAGGGCUUGA